UCCAAAAAAAACAACCUGUGGCAGCUCACCAUGUUCCACCUUCACGUCAAUCAAUCAUUUUAGUUUUCAGUAAUCAGUUUUAUGAUUAUAAUUAUUUAUAGAAGGUCUGAUUUCCACCUCGGACGGAGGCUUGAGCUGAAGGAGAGGAAGUGCCGGGUUUCAUGUGGUCCACGGCAGAGCGCGUCAGUCAUUCGAGUGUCACUUCGAACACUUUGUGCCGAUGCAGCAUCCACACGAGCUCACGCCGCUAUUUGAUUUUGGUAGAGCUCAUGACUAACAGCCAAAUGGUUUUGUCAGACUUCACAAUGGCCGAAAAGUUGGAGCUGGAGAGCAUCAAGAGGUACAAGAAGGAACUUCUGGAGGACAUCCAGAAACUGAAGGCGGAGAUUGACAGUGUAAUGGCCGAGAUACUCUGCUUCGAGUUGGCUGAGACUGAGGAAAGCCGAAACAUGGAAAGGAAACAGUUGUCCAAUGGGAAGAAGAAGUUUAACAUGGACCCCAAGAAGGGUAUCAAUUACCUGGUGGAGAACAAGCUGUUGGAGAGGAACGCCGGCCGCAUCGCUGAGUUCCUCUACAAAGAGGAGGGCCUCAACAAGACGGCCAUCGGAGAGUUCCUGGGAGAAAGAGACGAGCUCCACCUGCGGACCUUAAAGGCCUUUGUGGAACUUCACGAGUUCUCCGACCUCAACUUGGUCCAGGCACUCAGACAGUUCCUGUGGAGUUUCCGUCUGCCCGGUGAGGCCCAGAAGAUCGACCGUAUGAUGGAGGCCUUCGCCGCGCGAUACUGCGGCUGCAACACGAGCGUCUUCCAAUCCACCGACACGUGCUACAUCCUGUCGUUCGCCAUCAUCAUGUUGAACACCAGCCUGCACAACCCCAAUGUGAAGGACAAGACCACGCUGGACGGAUUCGUGUCCAUGAACAGAGGCAUCAACAAUGGCCGCAACCUCCCCGCAGAGUUGCUCUCGAAACUGUACGAGAGCAUUCGCAAGGAACCAUUCAAAAUUCCAGAGGACGACGGCAACGACCUCACGCACACGUUCUUCAACCCCGACAGAGAAGGAUGGCUUCUCAAACUCGGCGGUCGAGUGAAGACGUGGAAGAGGCGAUGGUUUAUCCUGACCGACAACUGUCUCUACUACUUUGAGUUCACCACCGACAAGGAGCCCAGAGGCAUCAUCCCUCUGGAGAAUCUGUGCGUCAGAGAAGUUCCCUUCCCGCGGAAACCUCACUGUCUGGAGCUGUACAACCCCAACAGUCGGGGGCAGAAGAUCAAGGCGUGCAAGACGGAGACGGACGGCCGCGUGGUGGAGGGCAAACAUCAGUCGUACGCCAUCUGCGCCGCCAGCGCCCAUGAGAGGGACUCCUGGAUUGAUGCCAUCAGUGAUGAAUGGGGGAAUCACAGUAUCCAUUUUGGAAAACCAAUCCCUGUUGAUUUUGAAAGGGCGAGCAUCACCAAGGACCCAUUCUACGACCUGGUGUCCCAGCGCAAAAAGAAGCUGAUCAAGCAGAACCAGAACCAGAACCAGCAGAACUGAACCGGACUCUGGUCCAAGAAACAGACACACUGAGAUUUAGGCUCAAGAUGAAGGAGCUUCCUCUUCGUGUUUGGGCCUGGCGGAAGCAGGUCCAAACGUACGGCACCGUGCCCAGUCUUGUGCCAGGACGCUCCAAGUUGCUUCUUAUAGCCAUUGAAGAACUGGAUUUUAUUUAUGUGCUUGUAUUGAAUUCUGGAAGGGUCCUUGGGUAGGCAUUUGAUGCCGUUCGGAUUUUAAGCCAUUUUGGCUGUGCUAGCGGAAUUUGCCAGAUGAUAUACAUUCUUAAACAUUUUUAGAAUUUCCAUUUUUGUUCAUUCAAUUCAGCAAAAUUCAUAAUAACAUUUCCCAAAUUAUACAAAAUAAAAUGUACAUUUGGUGAAUUUCAACAUAUUGCUGCAUACUUUGAAUGGGUUACAAUUAGCGCCAUCUGGCGGACAAAUGUAUUGGACAAAUGACUUGUCCAAUAGUGAAUCAGAAGUACAGGUAUUGUACGGUCUACAGUACAUAUCAUGAUUAGAAUUACAUUAACGAGGCACCCUGGCGGACAAAUGUCAAAGACAAUUUGUUGCAUGUUUCGAAUGCCGUACAAGUAGAGCCAUCUGGUGUACAAAUAUCUAAAUUAAAAAGGCCAAUUAUUUAAUUAGGCUCAAAAACUACAGUAGGCCUACAGCAUAUCACGCUAUAAUUUCAGUAGCGCCGCACCCUGUCAAAUUAUAAACUUUACAUAAUAAAAAUAAUUUGAUCACUUUUUUUAUGGAAGCUUGGUGACCAUUGAGGGUGGAUAUUCAAAGGAGCUCUUUCAGCUUUACACUAUUCAUCACUUCCUCUUCCUUAGUGCAAGCAGCUGGAACGUUUUUACUGUACUUCUGCUUUUCUUUCACACACAUCUUAAGAAAUGUAUUUUGGAUAAUAUAUAUCUAUACAAAGAUAGUUCUUAGGUUUGCAUUACAUGUGACACAAGUGCACAUCCUGUAUCAUGUUUUCAUGACCACUUCCUGUUCUUCCUCCGUUUGACUUCAACUAUAGGUUAGUAAGUACUGAAAACAGGGUUGUUAAUGUCAAGAUGUAUCAUAUAUGUGAUCAAAAAUAUUGUUAUAUGAAUAUCUCUUUGAAAGUGGCAAUCAAAACUGAGCAUUCAUUGUCUGGCUACUAUAAAAGUGAAUCGUCUUUGCUGCCCUCGAGUGGCCAAAGCAGUAAUUUGCAACACCCCCCCAAAAUAAAAACUGUAUAAAUAUAUUUAUACAGUAUAUAAAUGA